UAUUCUCCCCAUCUUCUUGUCUACUAACCGAGGAACUGCUGCUAUUCCAAGUUUCCGACCUUUUUCCUCAAUAAUUUUUUUUUUGGGCGGUAAUCUCAGGCUCCGAAUUUAUGCACAUGGUUUUUCCUCGUAUUUACUCCGCCAAUUUUUUCUAGGGUUUCGAACCAAUCGUCAGCAUAGAUGGAGAGGCACAGAGACCGCGGAGAACGGUUCAACGAUCACCAACCGUUAAAUCCAACUCCUUGGUUUUCUGAUGACCACAGACCUAAUUUCUCCUCCGACCACCAUCACCACCACCACCACCACAACCACCACAAUCACCAUUACAACCACCACCAUAACCAACAGCAAUUCGAACACCAACAGCCUAACCAACACCACCACUUUGAACAAUUCCCCGACCACCAUCAACCUGGCAGUGAACAAAACGAAGCGUUCUGGUCCAACGGUGGCAACGGUCCCAAUUCCGGUCGAAAGAGAGGGUUUCAUUAUUCCGGUCGAGGAGCUUCUCCAGAGCAUUCUGAAGUAGGCAGUCUUGCUAAACUCUAUGUUGCAACGGUUCCAAGAAUAGCAACUGAAGAAACUAUUCGCUCCUUAUUUCAAGAACAUGGAAAUGUUGUUCAGGUUAUUCAACCAAAGGAUAAGAAAACUGGUGAACGACAUGGAUAUUGUUUUGUAAAAUAUGCAACAUUUGAGGAAGCUGACAGAGCUAUUACAGCUUUGCACAAUCAGUAUACUUUUCCUGGGGAACUGACUACCGUUAAAGUCAGAUAUGCUGAUGCUGAACGAGAUCGCCUUGGGCUACUUCCAGACAAAUUAUAUGUCGGUUGCUUAAACAAACAAGCUUCGAAAAGGGAUAUUGAAGAAAUAUUUUCUCCUUAUGGUAAUGUUCAAGACAUCUACAUCGUGCGUGAUGAGCACAGGGAAAAUCGUGGGUGCGGAUUUAUUCAAUUUUCUCGUAGAGAAAUGGCUCUGGCAGCAAUCAAGGGAUUAAAUGGAAUUUUCACUAUGAAAGGUUGUGACCAGCCAUUGAUUGUUCGAUUUGCAAAUCCGAAGAGACCCCGGAAUGGAGAACCAAGGGUAAAUUAUAUGUUUAACAGCAUAAAUGCUGGCUCCCAUCCUCAAGAGUUGACUAUGAGACCUGUGCCAAAUGGCCCAAAUCUUGGUGACCCAAUGGCAGGACGUAUACCACCUAAUGCAUCAUACCCUGUGCAACACGUUUUGACAAAUUCACAACCACAGAGUGUUUCUCAUUGGGCAAACCCUGAAGUUGCAGCAUCUCAUGUUACUCAUCAAUCUUAUCCUCCAGUACAGCAAGCACAAUCACAGGCGACUUCCUUGCCGUUACAGCAAAUACAAACUCCUCAGGAAAGUUCUCAAUCAUCUCACCAAUCUGUCUCUGAGCAGAAACAAUUACCUCCGAUGCCACCAUCAUCACAAAAUGUAGGCCAGCAGAAUUCAUAUGUACCCAAGCUAGAGUCUCCACAGACUGGAAGUAGCCAGACAAAUGCUGCUACUUCAGUUGCAUCCACAACCCAAAGUCUUGAGACAGUGGCUCCACUAGAAUGCGACUGGAGCGAACACACCUGCCCAGAUGGAUACAAGUAUUACUAUAAUUGUGUCACUUGUGAAAGCAGAUGGAAGAAGCCUGAGGAAUUCAUGUUAUUUGAGAAACUGUUGCAGAAGCAGCAAAAGCUGCAACAUCCUGGCCAACGGCUUCAUUCUCACUCAACCAUUCCUUCUACAGAACAAGUUAUUCAAAAUCAAGAGGUGCAGCUUCAGACCUGUCUCAUGCAUCAGAAAUUUAAGGUCUAACAACCUUUGUCUACAUUGGAAGUGGACCAUCUGCAAAUCAAGGCAGAAACAAGUCCAAUUGUUGAUCCAACUUGUGUUUAACUUGUAUCUGGUGCGAGCCUCUUAAUUACUUAAUCUGAUUGAACUGUAGGUCAUUGGUUGUCCAUUUUCUAUAAGCCUCUCAUGCUAUUUCCAUUCUAUAAACAACUUGCUAUUUGUGAUGAUAGUAUGAAACACAUAUGGAGAUUAGGCACAUAUGCAAUGCUUUAGAACAGUCACUCUCCUCAACCACACCAUCUUCUCUCUCUCUCUCUCUCAAUUGUAAUUACAGUAGCUAUAACUUAGGCUUCAUUCUGAUAAAUGAAAUCUGAUGAUUUUGGCCGUGCAGAGAACCUUUUAGAACCA